CGAGAGUCACAAAUUUCGUUUUCUGUGGCACUGCAUCACCGAUCUCCACUGGAGGGAGUGGACAUGUCAGUGCAUUGCAUACAUCCCCUUGAGUGGGCAGGCACCCCUGCAUUUAAGAUUAUGAUCAUCAUCAAGAAGAGCACGAAGAAGAAUGGGCCAGUACUUCUGCCUCCCAGAAGCAACUCCGGUCCACGACGAUGACGCGCAGGCGCAGCUUGUGGACUCGGGAGACGACCCCAGCGCGGUCGCUAAUCGCCAGGAGUCGCAGCUGCCUGGCGGUGGCAAGGACGCCGGGGCAACGGAUGCCGGAGUCGGCCACUCUGCCGGGGGUGCGGCCGGCACGGUUGCGGCAGCGGGCGACGCGUCGCAGUCCGAGGACGCAGCGGCCCACGCCGCCGAUGGAACAGCGACAUCCGCGGCGUCGAGCAAGCGGAAGAAAAGCAUGCGCGCAACGGGAACCUCCGCAGAACGCCAGGCGACGGCCUCGAAGCACAAGGAAGCCGUCGGGGCGGAUUGCAUCUCGGGAGAGCCCGUGGCCGAAUUCGCGACCCCCACAAAGAUGGCCGACGACAGUGGGCCUGCCAAAAAGGUUGCGAGCACCGCCGACGUGCACAAAGCCACGGCCUUGCGGAGGAAUCGCAAGGGCGACGCUCCAAGGAGCGGGGCCACCGGGAAGCAGGAGCUGCGCGGAGGCAAACCUGACAAAUAUGAAGUCGCGAAACUCGUGAGCGGCACCGCUGUGAAAGGUACGGACGUCGUGGGCCGGCCAUCAUCGGCUAGCGAUAGCUCGGCCAGCCGGGUAUCCCGCACUGAGGUCCGCACUCCUCCGACUAGCGACUCGGCCGCAUCUCUGGCUUCGACGCAACCGCCGGGUGUGCGAGCCGGCACACACGUCCCUGCUGCAUCGGCCACCUCACCAUCGACGUCACCGCCGCCACCGCCUGGCGACGAGGAAGAACAAGAGGCUGAACGACGCGAGUGGCAUGACGCUCGGUUCAGGGAUGUUGUGCGUCGCAUGUGGCGUCACACGGCGGCAGUUUGCUGCGUGCUGCUGCUUCUCGCCGUAGCCAUCGCCUCGGUGGCCUUCAAGACCUCCGACGAGCUAUCGCACCUCUUCAUGAUGCUGGACCUGGACCGACACACGCCUGCACCUGGAGCCGGCAACACGUCGGAGCCACCUCCGCCGUGGCCCGGGAACGAGACGAUCAUCAACGAACUCAAGCCUGAUCAGCUUCUGCUCGAUGGAAUUCGCGGUCAACGCCGAUUUCGCGACCAGCGUGACUGAAGCUCGUUCGCGGCUCGUAUCGCUCAGCCACUGUGCAUAGGAGACGGCGCAGGGGACGUGUCCUAUGGCGUCAACGCACCACGGACGCCUUAACGAAUGACGUCACAAAGCGUAGAGAUCUAUAUUUACGUACUCUCUUUUUUUCCACCCUCCUCGUGCUUGUUUAUCCUUUUCUUGUAAUUUGCGUUCUUACGCCGUCAUUACGCAGUUGUCUCGAAAUAUGAAAAUAACGUAUUUUUACUAAUGCUUUAGUAGCGCGCGAUCCUGAUAAAGAUGCUGACGAUAAUUGUGAUAGAAGUGUCCGCGGGCCUUUUUUGCGACAUGGAACUCUUCGCGAUACUGGGUCCGUCUUUCAUAUUGCAGCUUGGAAUAACAAAAUAUAAUAUUUCACGGCAGUGUGAGACAAGUAGCAACAAACACAUUAAAAAAGCGUUGUACGCUCGCGUGAAAACAGACCAUCGAUGAUGUUAUGCCUCGUGUGAAAAUCGCGUCACUGCGUAGGAAAUCGCGCAGACGAUGGACAACGGCCUUUCGAAAGUAAGUUCGUCGUGCUACCGUAGUAUUAUAUAAUAAAUUUAAUCUGAAAAGGAUGAAAAUUUGC